AUGGCGGACUCGGAGCUGACCGAAGAUGCUGUCCGAAAUUUCCUGCUUGCAAGUGGUGGAAAAUCCACAAACCAUGAUCUGGUUACCCAUUUUAAACCUUUCCUCAGUGAUGCUGAAAACAAAGCUAAGAAUCGUGAAAAAUUUAAGGAAAUCGUUAAUACUCUUUCUUCUGUCAAAAUGGGGGACAAUAAUACCAAAUAUCUCAUUCUCAAAAAGAAGUAUCGUGGCUCAUCUGUACUGACAGACAGUAAUCUGUCGUUAAGCAGCCUCCUUGGAAGUACAACAUCUCUAAGUGAGCUUCUUGGAGCAGCACAAGGUACAUUACCAGCAUCAUCAGAUGGUUCCAAUAACACAAAUGCUCCCAAUUGCCCUUUGUCUACAACAGACGCUUCUGCAGUUUCUUCUCAGUCCAACCACAGAGCAAUGUCAGAACCCCCAUCUGUACAGCAAACUCCAUCCAGUCCAAUGGAAAUAAGCAUUGAAGUGCCUACCCAACCAACCACUGAUGAUGGCAUAUCCAAAUGUAAAAGUGAGACCAAUUUGCGUAAUUCCAAAGUUACAGAAUUUAGAGAUAGCAACAGCACCAUUUCAUCAUCGUCUUUGACCUCAACUGCAUCUGAGGAAGAAAUAAUUGAUGCUCCUCCUACAAUUACAAGCGUCAAGGACCGAGCAAAACACCUGAACAAACUCCAGUCAGAGAGUGACCUGCAGAAAAUAACCUUUCGAAAAUAUGACAAAUCCAAGCAUGAAAAAGGCAAAGACACCAGUGAACACGAUGAUGAUUCUACAGCAAAUUUUGAAUCAUUAACACCAGAGCAAAAAGAAUGGUUGGUAACUGCAUCAACUGGGGAUUAUCAGGCUAUUAGCAAACUUCUAUCAAAGAACCCUCAAUUGGCUAAGGAAAGGGUGAGUUGUAGCAAUUGUACAUUACUUUUUAUCCUCUUCCUGCCAUUAAUCCUCUGA